AUAGAAAUUUCGGGGUUUUGUUCCAGAUCUGGCAACCCUGACUAGCUGACACGCGAACAUGGCGGACGACAAGGACCCUUUCAGGCAGCUGAGGGAUCUAACGCUGCUUAAAGGUCAGCUGGAGGACAUUCGUCGGCGAGUGGAGAGUGAGGUGCAGGAUGGAGUUCCCCAGGGUGGGAGUGUUCUGGGCUCUCCUUUCCUCAAGGGUUUCCUGGCUGGAUAUGUUGUAGCGAAGCUGCGUUCGUCAGCCAUACUGGGCGUGCUCGUGGGAACUUGCACGGGCAUCUAUGCUGCACAGAAUUACAACAUGCCCAACGUCGAGCAGACCAUCAAGGGCUACUUCAGCUCAUUUAGAAAAAACAAAUAGACGCUUUUCAGGAAGAAUAUGCAACCUCAAAAGUCUUUUCAGGAAGUCAGUCAUCCAGUUUUAGAGCGACUGGCAACUCUAAAGCACCUUUAAAGAGACGUUACCUGGUUGGCAGUAUGAAAGAAACGCACACUUGAAGCUCAGGUCUGUGUUUUCUUAAAGAGAUGUACAGAUGAUUGUCAGCUUUCAGCGCACUCACUGAUAUUUAAGACAGUGAGCUAAACGUUAUGAUACUUAACUGGGACCUGACUAAUAGAGAGGGCUUUUUUUCUAACAUUCCAGUCAGUUGAAAUUUGUACUGCAGUUUGGUUAAAUUAUUCACAGCAUCUACUGUGUCACCGGGCUCUAAUUACAGCACAGUCGGUGCUGAUUUGAGCCUCUGAGUGUAGCAGCAGACGGGGUGAUGACCAGGCAUGUGAGUGCUGUGCACAAGCGUUACUACAUUUCUGAUGCUGGAAGCACAUUUGCACAUGAUCCCUGCUGGUUGUAUAAAAUGGGAGAAAAUUAAACAAAGGUACAUGUACCAAAAAAUAGUUAUCAGGGUUCGAACCAGUUGACUGCUAUGCAGUUGGAUUAUGUUUGCUGGCAAACCAAGCCAGACAAAUCCAGUUCUAAAAUCAUGUUAUGAUUGUAAGUGCCAUAGUCAUUCAUCUCUUAUUCCAAGGCCAAAAGUAAAGCACUCGUUUUUUUUAAUGUUCUGCCCAGUUGUGAAUGUAUUGUUCAAUGUACCACCUUGUUUUAAAAUCUUGUCUAGCAUUACUUUUCUGUUACAUCAUUUACAUCGACUUUAUCCGUGCAUAUAAAUCUGUUUGGUUUCAGGUUGCAUCUUUUUUACUUCAUGCCCAUUUCUUUAGUAAAAGUGUGUUUCUGA